UGCGCGUGCACGCUGCGUUCUGCUGCGCUCUGUCAACUGGCACUGUGACAGUGUUAUGUUGUUACAUGCCAUUGUGACUUCAUUAAGGAAACUACUGACUGCAUAUGCGUUAAAACAUAAAGAAGGCGCACUUGUUUCUAUUUGAACAUCUUCGGAUCUUACUUAAUAUACAGAUCAAUAGUGGAUCAUUGGAAAUGACAAAGAAGAUGAUAGCUAACUGUUGGAUGGUAUGCCUGUUUCUACUGGGAUCUGUUACAGAGCUUAUCGUUCUGGCCAGCCCUGAGGUGAACGAAAGCGAGCAACAACAUCCUCAAAAUGUGUACCAUGACAUUGGUUUGACCAGAAACAAGAUUGUGACUGCACAGUUUGAGUGCUAUCAGAAGAUCAUGAAGGACAACAAUCCAGACAGAAAAGUCGGCCCAGUGUGCAACAAGACAUGGGAUGGAUGGUUAUGUUGGGACGACACUGAUGCUGGCAUCACCUCUGAGCAACACUGCCCUGACUAUUUCCAGGACUUUGACCCCACAGAAAGGGUCACCAAAAUAUGUACAGAAAGUGGGCAGUGGUUCCUGCAUCCCGAGAGCAACCGAACCUGGACAAAUUUUACCAGAUGUAAUUUGCACACUGCUGAAGGAAGACAGACCGCAAUGAACUUGUUCUACUUGGCACUAAUAGGUCAUGGACUCUCCUUAACGUCUUUGUUUAUCUCACUUGGCAUAUUCUUCCAUUUUAAGAGUUUGAGCUGCCAAAGAAUAACCCUGCACAAAAACCUGUUCUUUUCCUUCGUAUUAAACUCUGUCAUCACUAUCAUUUGGUUAACCGCAGUGGCAAACAACCAGGAGUUAGUGCAGCAAAAUCCCAUCAGUUGCAAAGUGUCGCAGUUUAUCCAUCUGUACAUGUUUGGAUGCAACUACUUCUGGAUGCUGUGUGAAGGAAUUUACUUGCACACACUCAUUGUAGUAGCUGUGUUUGCUGAAAAACAGCAUUUAAUGUGGUACUACCUACUAGGAUGGGGUUUCCCACUUAUACCAGCUACAAUACAUGCCAUAGCGAGAAGUUAUUACUACAAUGAUAAUUGUUGGAUCAGCACAGAUACUUCUUUGCUAUAUAUUAUUCAUGGCCCUAUCUGCUCUGCUCUGUUGGUGAACUUGUUCUUUCUGUUGAACAUUGUACGGGUCCUCAUCACCAAACUGAAAGUGACACACCAAGCUGAGUCGAGUCUGUACAUGAAAGCUGUCCGAGCCACCCUGAUUCUGGUUCCACUCCUGGGCAUUCAGUAUGUUCUUCUCCCUUACAAAGCCGGGGGGCGUGUUUCUGCUGAAAUCUCUGACUACAUUAUGCAUAUCCUAAUGCAUUAUCAGGGACUUUUGGUGGCCACAAUCUUCUGCUUUUUCAAUGGAGAGGUACAAGCUGUUUUGAGAAGACACUGGAACCAGUACCGCAUCCAGUUUGGAAACACCAUCACACACUCUGAUGCUCUGAGGUCUGCCUCGUACACUGCUUCCUCCAUUACGGAGGUCCAGGGCUGUUACAGCAUUGACGGCCACACAGAACACUUGAACGGCAAGAACUGCCAUGACAUUGACAACACAGUCCUAAAACCAGAGAACCCCUUCGCCUGAUGCCAUUUAAUGUGGCUGUGCACCGUUUAAAAAAACUGCUGAUUACCAUGACAGCUGACCUGGACCUUUUGCCCAUAAUUCACUACUUGUGCUCUCUGAGGGGGUGAAGGAGAAAAGCCAUUUACACUGAAAAACAUUUCACUAUCUUCUGUGUUGUUAAAUGGACACAUAAGCAUUUUCGGCCUUGUCUUUGUGCCAUAAGUAUUGUAGUUUAUUUUACCCCUAUGUGCAGUGGAAUUAAGUGUGAAUAUGUUGCUCUUAUUCAGAAACCACGUGUAAUGCACUUCUUUGUCUUAUAGGAUCAGCCAUCAGAUGAUAAAAAAAUAUAUAAAUCUAACCUAAAUAAAGACCACACAUAUUAAAUAUCUAUAUAUGUUACUACAUAACAAAAGGGAAAAUGUAAGAGUCUAUAGAACCAUUCCCAAAUACAACCAGUGCCCCUUUUUAUAAUGAUUCUUUUUAUGUAAAACUUAAUUGUAAGUUCCUGUGACAUGUGAAUACUUGGACUGCAAAAUAGACAAAUGUCGUCUUUAUUAUCUUGGAGAACAACAGAAUUGAAACUUCAGUAAAAUAUAAAUGAGAAAAUAUUCUGUAUGCACAAAUUUGGUCCUUAAUUGCUACAUAUCAGAAGGUAGUAUUGACUGGAUACGUCCAUUUAAAGGUGAAGUGUGAAUUUCUCUUUGUUAAAAUACUUUCUCAUCCCAACCAGUCAGACAUAAAAUCACUGGCUCGACCAAUGGCGUGAGUGUGGGGGCGGGACUAUCUAUUUGGCCAACCAAUGGAAGAUGAGUGAAGUGUUCAAGAAACCUGUUUAAAACCAACCAAUUUUUUUGCUACUCUAUUUGGUUGCAAGUGAUGCAGAAAUUACACACUUCACCUUAUAUUUCAAUACAUUAAUGUUAUGUUAUCUGAUACAAAUCAGAAAUAUUGUAAAUCUUCAACAUAAUUACUAAAGAACACCAAUUUGUGUAACAUUUCUAGGUUUUUUGACAAUUGUAUGUGAAAGCCUAACAGCACGAUGACAUGCUUAUCAUUUUAUUCAAGAUAUAUUUCUUAACAUGAUUAUAUGCUUAUUUUUAACAUAAAAAUUUGGAACACAAAUGCCACACUUUUAGUGUUGAUUGGAUUUUAGACUUUAUAUUUCUAACUGUUCUUAUAAUGCUUAUCAUGUACUUUUUCUUUUUAAUCUGUGACUUUUAUGAAAUAAGGUACAGUAUUUUACAACCUAGAGUAUAUUACUCAAGAGCCUUUCUUAUAACACACUUGGAGUAUGCAAGAUUUCGCUGUUUUUGUCUGAACCUCUAACCAUACUGCCUAAAUUACUAACAUUCCAUAUGUGCCCAGUGUUUAUUUCCUUUGACGAUUUUAUGCUCACCUGAUUUCACUCUGUUUUGGAUUAACUCUGACAAAUGGCAUGUUUUCAUUCUUCUUAAAGGGAAAGUUCCUCAAAAAUGAAAAUUCUGUUAUCAUUUACUCACCCUCAUGUCAUUCCAAUCCUAUAUGACUUUCUUUUUCGUAUGAGGAAAACAAGAGGAAUUUUUGAAGAAUAUUCUGGACUCUGUUUUCUGUAUAACGAGUAAGAAUGAGCACGACGUAUUACAAGUCUUAUGUAUCUUACAAGUGAAGUCAUAUGAUAGCUUUGUGGAACAACGUGAGGGUGAGUAAAUAAUUACAGAAUUGUCAUUUUAUGUGUACACUAUUCCUUUAAUUCCUGCUUUUGUACAUAUCCUAGCAAAAACAUGUUCGUAUAUAGAUCCUGCAAACGGAUGUGUUGACAGACAAUGUUAGAAAUGUGAGGAUGGGUUUGUACAAAUGAUGUAAAUAUUAUUUUACUUGUGAUCACAUUUGAAAAUUUAGUAGAGGUGUACUUCGACCUGGCUUUGCAUUGCAGUCGUUAUUUCUGAAUAUUUCUUCUAUUCUAAACAAUGAAGGAGUUGUAACUCUCACUUUAUUUUCAGAAUACAUCAGUAUUAAUAUUGCAAACCGUAGCAUUUCACAACAAAUGCCAUUCAAACAUCCACUGUAUCGUUUGAUCAGGUUAUCACAGGCCCAAAGCAAUUCAAACCUAAUUUGCAUCUUAAAUGUACUUUAUUUUGUUGUGUUGUUUGUGAUCAUUUGUGUGAUUUCAUGAAAACAAAACACUCACUGCAGGACGGUUUUAUGUGUGUUCAUAUGUAUUAAAGGUUGCACUUUGUGCAAAAAUAUUUGCUUUCUAAAUCAGCAUCAGAAUGCUACAGUUGUAUUGUGUAUAUUCUGCGUUUUAACCAACCACUUCAAAUGUUCUUUACUGGGUGAAUGCAAUUUGUAUUUGUUCUCCUGAGACAUAUCCAUGUUACAUUUAUAUCAUAAAAUGUGGGCAGUGUUGCAAUUAUGUGUAUUGUAUUACUCUGUAAUUACAGUUGAUUAUUUCAAAUGUCAUUUUGUUUGCAUUUUAUUGUGUGUUUCUUUAAAAGAACUGGGGUGGGGAGGUAGACUUUGAUGAAAUUACAAAAGCGUAUAAAAGCUCCCACUAUUCAUAAUGCACAAAGGAUUUAAAUUAAUUUGGCAAGGUCAAUCUAAUGACAUUCAUUCACAAAAGUCAUGUUUGUCCUUGGGGCACUAUAGAAACUCAUUAAACAUGUCCUUCAGUCGUUUUAAUAAGGUGAUGAGAGGGCUUAGGAACAGAGACACAUAAUAAUUUAGGGAUAUUAAAGACUUUUCUUUAAAAGAUGAAGCCAGUAGAAAAAUAUUGCUCUGAGCUACAGGGUU